GGCGACCCUGCACGUAGCAGGGGGGUUGAAACUUGAUGAUCAUUGUGGUCCUUUUCAACACAGGCCAUUCUAUGAUUCUCUCCCUUUUCCCUCCAGUAUCAGAAAAUAGAGAACUGUAUUGCGCCCCAGUGCUUUUUUACAGUACCGCCAUCAAAAUUGCUGGCAGGAGUUGCUUUGACUUUUCAGCAGUGCUCUACUCCAUACCAUAUGUGUACAUACACCAACGAUGAUAUACCGCGUUCGUAACCAGAGAAUGGCCUGCUUUAUUAAACAUCCCCCUUGCCAACAGUAGAAAUGAACAGCCACAGUAAACACAGACGCAGCGAGGGAAGAAUAGCCCGAGCUGAGCUGCUGCGCUUUGUACCUAAGGAAGGAAACGUCAACCUCUAAUUGGCUCUGAACGCAGCCCACCUACUUAGCAAAAUAGGCUGCCAAAAGCAAAUUGCCCCAGUGCUCCACGCACCGCGCUGCCUUCCCAUUGAGUUCAGUCAAAUGGGAGGCUUCUGCCUUCCUUUUCCAAACUCUCCGUGAGUUGGCAAAAAACUAUCUCAGUGUGUCUGGAAUAAAAGCCUCCUGAGUACGCGCUCCUUCCUUUCACUCCUCUAAGGACACUGUCUCUCCAAUUCUGGAAAUUCAAAGACAACUGCAAGGGGAAGAGGAGCUUGUGUUUAUUUGGGGAAGAGGAAGCUUUGUUUAUUAUUUUUUUUCUGGGAAAGUACAUUUUGGACGAGUGAGCACAACACAAAUCUCUCUUGUAGCUCUUAAGCUACUAAGAACAACAUUCGGAGCUUAUAUGUUGUUGCGUUGCCAGCAGUGAUAUGCAGAGGCAGUGCAGAGAAAGAAUAAAUUCAUGUAUGCCAUCCUUAAGCGAUUUCUGGUGGUUUGGGUUUAUUUUUAAUUUGUUUUUCCUUACAAAACCACAAUCGCUGGUUUUGGCCCAGCUUUUGCACUCAGGCUGCGGGAUGUGGUGGGGAUGCUCCUGGGACAAGCCUUGCUGUGGGAUUUAACUCCACCACAAACAGAAGUGGUUGGUCAGUUGGUGUGUUUUCCAGCUGGCUACUGAAACCUUCCUUUCCAACCUAGUGAAAUUAAUUGUACCAAAGUCUCACGUGAGAGGAUAGCAGACGUAAGAGAGAAAGGAGUUGUUGCUUGGUUUCAUGGUUUCUGCUAAACACCUUAUUUACAGUUUCUUCCCUGUAUUUUGGUCAAAAUGUCACUUCCAUUUCAUCACCACUAAAUUCCCACCUGCUUCUUCACCUCUGUUUUCUCCCCUCCACAUGUGGAAAUAGCAUAUGAGGCCUUUGUUUCUUUUUGAGGGUGUCCACUUGCCAAGCUGUUGGCUCGUCAGCUCACUCUUUUUCACAUAAUGCUUUCACAAAGGGAAUUUAAGAUGGAAAAAAAGAAAGGUCAGAAAGAGAAGAGUAGCCAAGUAAACAGAGCAAAGUUUUGUAAGCCACUUGUUUGGUUUAAUCUUAUCUGGGGGCAAGAGAAGGUCCUGGAUGAAUUCUUGCUUUUAUGGGAAUGGAGACACGUGGUGGAAGGGGAGGGUGGUGAGCAGAAGUACGAGCCAAAAGGGAGAUGUGAGGACAGGGGAAAUGCUGCUUGAAAACAUGAUCAACGCGUUAGGGAGAAAACUGCGGAAGGCUGUAAAAAGGCUUCCUUCACGCCUCACAGUCCUGGCUUCAAACCACUUCUGAAGACAGUCUCUUGUGGCCCCUUCUCCCUCCCCGUCCUCCUCCAAGCCAACUUGGGGCCACCUUUGCCAAGCCUCUCUCCCCUCCAAGGAUAAUCCUGGCCAUUUUGCUAAAGUGUACUAAACUCCACAAGGAAAAUAUUGUUUCUUUUUCCUUCCACAUGCGCAUUACUGACACAACAUGACUUGUGUAGACGUAGCUGCAAUCUGUACUUCAGCUGGUCAGUGUAAUAUAAAACGAAAAGCUACUUAUUAUAAUGACAUAGCUUUCAUAAUACGUGUUUGUUGCCUCCACUCUGCUGUUUUAUGGCGGCACUACGAAGUAUUCUACCAGCAUCUGUGUAAAUCCUAUAAUCUUAAAAAUGAAAUGGCAAAAAGCCUCUAUCUGACUAGUAAAGCAGAAGCAUGAACUUCAUGCAGUUGCUGAGCAUGUGAGUGCCUGAGGAAGAUAAUGGCGUGUUUAUAACCUGAGGUGGCUUCAGUCCCAAAGAGCGGUGACAGCAGAAACAGCAGUGCCCUCCUUCAUGGGCCGUGGCUGAGAUCUGGGGUUUGGCUUGCAGAACGGUGGGUGCAUGGUGCUAAGCCUGCAUGUGCCUCUGGUUGCUCUUCGUAUCUAUCUCCAGUGAACUCCAGUGCUCUGCUGAGUUGAACUUGAGUGAUUUGCCCAGAACCAUACAAGAGGUCUCUAGAGAGAGUAGGAUUAUACCCACUCCUUGCCUUUAGUCUGAAGCUGGAAUAACUGUUUAAAGGAAGAGAUGGUACCAUCAAAAAGAGAUCUCUAGACUCAGUGUUGUGUUGAAUUUAACCAUGCUGGGCACAUUGGCACCCAGCUCCUGGCAUGGAAACCUCUCUCCCUAGCAGCUUUAGUGCCUCAUGCUUGAAUUACGUAGGGAGAUGAGGCUACAACCCAAGUUCCUCAGCAGGAUGAAUCACGCUGUAUUAGCUCCCUUCAGAGCUCAACCUGGUGCAUCUGCAUGUGUUGGAGGGGCUCAUGGCAUGACACCAUGGGAUCUGGGAAGUGGUUGCCUUAUCUGGGAGUUUCCAAUGCUUCUGCAGAGAUAAAUGCCCAAAUAAUGUUCCCUUUGGUUUAUACAGCAGCAGGAUGCUGGGCACCUAAAUAUUAGCAAAAAGUGAUUUCCUGCCAAGGAGUUUUGUGUAUGUUUCAAUUCAAGCUCUGCUCUUUCCUACAUGAGAACAUGUAGUUUUGGUCCAUAUUCGCUCCAUACUCAAUAUAUCAGCUAGAGAGGAGAGAUAUCGACAGCCCUUGACCUCAGAAGAAUUUGUCACCAUUAAAUAAGUAUCAGCAGUGUUUGGGUAUAGCGAUGUUGGAGCAAUGUAAUCAGUAGGACAGAAUCCAGUGGCCCAGAGGAGGAAAUUAUGCAGUCUGCAAAUACACUUGUUUAUCUUUGUCCCCUAACCAUAUCAUGCUUCUCUUUAAGUACAUUUUUUGUACUGUUUAUCUUGAAUACAUGCAUUUCCCAGGAGAAAUCAUUAGACCUGAGCAUGACACCAGGAGGCCAUCCCCAUGUGAAUGGUACUCUCAUGCUUCUCCCCAUGUGUCCCAGCAAGGCAUGCUGUGGUGCUCAGUGUCCACGGGUAAUGCGCUCCCUGCCCUGAGAUAUGGGGUUGGGUUUGCCUUUCCGUUCAGCCAACAAAUGACAUUUCCAGGAAGAAACUUUUGUAAAAUAGGGAGUCUCUGGGAGAUAAUUAGGUGGUUGUAUAAAUAAUGAGUGAAAGCUAGAUAUUAUCUGCCAGCUCUGUAGUCACAUUUAUGGAGAGAAGAGAUGAGCUUUCUUUGGGGGCAGGAGAGUUUUCUCAGCUCAAUUAAAUGGACGUAUAGUACCAGCCUGACACCGAGCAUUUGUUCCCAUAGAAGCCUGUUAAAGGGAAAUACAGUUAAUGUUGCGUACAGCCAGUGUUUAGACCUCCCACUCGGAUUAUGAAAAAUGUUAAAGCUAAAAAAAAAAAAACCCAAAAAAACCACUCAUUAUUUGAGUUUCAAAAUCUGACUGGCUCCUGAGCACUCUCUGCAGCAGGGCGCACCUUUUCCACUGGCCGAUUAGCUUCUUGUUAUCUUGUUGCAAAUGCCUGGCUUCGCUAUUCCCGUACUUUAUUUUAAAAGGCUUUUGCUCUGUGCAAUUGAAUAUACUGUAAUCUUCUUAUCAAAUGCUAAAGCUCUUUAGUGAUGCCAUUUUGAAAAGUACUUCAGUUUUUAAAUUGCAAAUUCUUCUCUGGCUGGAAGGUCUCUGUUCUGGGAUUACGUAGAGGUUGAGAAUAUAUAUAUACACAUAUACACGUACGUAUCUGUAUAUAUAUACAGAUAUAUGUGUAUGACGUAUAUAUGUACAGAUACAUGUGAAUGUGUGUGUAUAUAUAGAGAUAUAUAUAGGAAGGCUGCUUCAAAGUGCGAAAGUAAUGCCUCCUAUUUCAUUCUGUUGGCCUGUGACUUCAGAGGUGGACGCUGGUGGUACGGCAGUAGAAGUUGAACCUUCCCAGCAGUAUUCCGUUCCAUUUUGUUGUCGUGCAACAGAUGGCAGCAGAGGUGCGGUCUGACAAGAAGGAGUCUGACGUGGAAGUGCGUAUGAAGCAAAGAUGUGUCCUUGAGUUCCUCCAUGCAGAAAAACUUGCAUCCGUUGACAUUCAUUGAUGCUUGCUGAAUGUUUCUGGAGACCAAACAGUGGAGGCAAGGUCUCGAGUUCCCUGUGAGCAGAAGUUGCCCUGCAUCGAGAUGUCACGGCACCACAGCCGGUUUGAACGAGAUUAUCGGGCCGGGUGGGAUCGUCGGGAUUGGAGUUCCAACGGCAAUCACGUCAGCAGCACCAACUGCAGCAGUGCCGCCAGCACCAACAGCAACAACCGCCCCGGGCUUCUGCCCCUGCCCAUCGUCCCCUCCCGGCUCCCCACUCCAGCCACAGCCACUUGCACCACCGUCAGCAGCGAUGUGAUUACGAGCCUGGUGGCCAACUCGUCUCCAGCUUCGACUACCAAAUGUCGUGCGCUGAUGUCCCUGGUGUCCUGGAGCAGCAAGUGUCGCAGCCGGGACCUCGGUUCCAUACCUCAGCUCCGGUCCCUGAUGUUCUCGCUGAGAAACGAAGGCAGCUGGACACCUUGCAUUUCCAAGACUGAAAAUCAGCCUCAAGGACUUGCAACUAGCGUUAGGUGGGGACAGACACCCAUCAAUCAGUCUACACCUUGGGACACUGAUGAGCCACCGUCUAAACAGAUGAGGGAGAAUGAAAACCCAGGUGCAGCUCCCUGGGUCACCACGGUGGCGGCCGGCAGCCAGCCCGCCCUCAUCACGCACUCCUAUGGGAUGACGCAGCCACCCACCUUCAGCCCAGCCGCAAACGUCCAGGCCCCCGUCAUCGGCGUCACACCUUCCCUCCCUCCGCACGUCACUCCCCAGCUCCCACUGAUGCCAGCCCACUACCAGCUCCAGCCGCAGCCCUCCCAGCCCCUCAGCAACAUGGUGGUCAACCUCCAGAGCCAGCCCUUGUACACCAACAGCCAGCCCCUCAGCAUGUCCUCCAUGAGCGGCGUGGGCCCGGUAGCCCACCCGAGCCCCGGGGUGGUGGGAAAUGGCCACCUGGCCUGCCCCAUGCUGCCGCCGCCACCUCCAGCCCUGCCCUCGGCCGCUUUGCCCAGCAACGCACCCACCACCAAUGGGCAGGUGGCCGCCCCGCUGCCCCCCAACGCGGCGGUGGGGCCGGACAACACGAAUGGGGUGCAGAUGCUGCGGACGAUCGGCGUGGGGAAGUACGAGUUCACGGACCCCUGGCACCCCAAAGAAAUGUUGAAGGAGUUGAACCAGCAACGCAGAGCGAAAGAGUUUACAGACCUGAAAAUUAUUGUUGAAGGCAAAGAGUUUGAAGUCCACCAAAAUGUUCUAGCUUCCUGCAGCUUGUAUUUCAAGGACCUGAUUAAAAGGUCACCAAGAGACAGUAGCAGAAGCGGGGAGAAGCUGGAAUUGGCCAUGUCCAACCUCACUGCGGAUGUCCUGGAAUUACUCCUGGAGUUUGUUUAUACAGGUUCUUUGAUCAUAGAUUCAGCCAAUGCAAAAACUCUCCUGGAAGCUGCCAGCAAGUUCCAGUUUCACACUUUCUGUAAAGUCUGCGUUUCGUUUCUAGAGAAACAGCUGACUGCUAGCAACUGCUUAGGAAUAUUAGCCAUGGCUGAAGCCAUGCAGUGCACUGAACUAUACAACAUGGCCAAAGCAUACGCCCUGCAGAUUUUCCCAGAGGUGGCAAACCAAGAGGAGAUCCUUAAUAUCUCGAAAGACGACUUCAUUUCCUACAUGUCCAAUGACAGCCUGAACACCAAAGCAGAGGAGCUGGUGUAUGAAACAGUGAUAAAGUGGAUUAAGAAGGACGCUGCAAUCAGAGCUCAGUACGCCGCGGAGCUGCUGGCGGUGGUGCGUCUCCCCUUCAUCCAUCCCAGCUAUCUGCUAAACGUUGUUGACAAUGAGGAGCUGAUAAAGUCUUCGGAGGCCUGCCGGGAUCUGGUGAACGAAGCCAAGCGUUAUCACAUGCUGCCUCACGCCCGACAGGAGAUGCAGACGCCGAGGACCCGGCCCAGGCUCUCUGCAGGCGUAGCUGAGGUGAUAGUCUUAGUUGGGGGCCGUCAGAUGAUUGGCAUGAACCAACGUGCUUUAACAGCGGUCACCUGCUUAAAUCCUCAAAACAACAAGUGGUACCCCUUGGCCAGCCUGCCCUUCUAUGAUCGGGAGUUCUUCAGCGUGGUCAGCGCAGGAGACAACAUUUACCUUUCAGGCGGCAUGGAGUCAGGUGUCACACUGGCUGACGUCUGGUGUUACAUGUCCUUGCUCGAUAACUGGAACCUCGUGUCCCGAAUGACUGUCCCCAGGUGUCGACAUAACAGUCUGGUGUACGACGGGAAGAUUUAUACCAUCGGAGGGGUCGGCGUGGCAGGCAACGUUGACCAUGUGGAAAGGUAUGAUACCAUCACCAACCAGUGGGAGACCAUCGCUCCUCUGCCUAAAGCUGUGCACUCGGCUGCUGCUACUGUCUGUGGUGGGAAGAUCUACGUCUUCGGUGGGGUGAACGAAGCCGGCCGAGCUGCGGGGGUCUUGCAGUCCUACAUCCCUCAGACUAAUUCAUGGAGUUUUAUAGAGUCUCCCAUGAUCGAUAACAAAUAUGCUCCUGCAGUCACUCUCAAUGGGUUCAUCUUUAUUCUUGGAGGAGCUUAUGCACGAGCAACCACCAUCUAUGACCCAGAGAAAGGCAAUAUUAAAGCAGGUCCCAACAUGAACCACUCCAGGCAGUUCUGCAGUGCUGUGGUUCUUGAUGGAAAGAUAUACGCCACCGGAGGGAUCGUUAGCAGCGAGGGACCUGCCCUGGGCAACAUGGAAGCCUACGACCCUAAAACAAACACCUGGACACUUCUCCCAAACAUGCCGUGCCCUGUUUUUCGACACGGCUGUGUAGUUAUCAAGAAAUACAUUCAGAGCGGCUGACAGAGCGAGGAGUUGGACGGAGGACUGCUUGUACCUGUUGAAAGCAGGCAAAGAGGAUACUACUACUCAUCACAAAAGCAGCAAAGCCAGCCAGCGAACACAUUGCUCUAAAGUCUUGAAUAGUGUCUACAUUGAAUGUAGAAAAAUCAUCCUCACCUUUUGGUGAACGAGGAGCAGAGAGCUCCGUGCUAUGUAAGAUAUUGUAACUUAAGAAUACAAGUGUGUCACUAGAUGUUAUAGUGGCACUUGUUCUGGACGUCGGCUUUUGGUCAACCCAGGUGCAAUAGAAUUUCACAUAUUUUUUAAGCUGGGGAAGAGAGGAAAAAAAAAUCUGCAUUUUACUUCUAGAGCUCAAGCUUGAUUCUUAAAAUAACCAUGCAGAUUAGUUUUACUAUUACACUUUAGGCAUCAAUCUAUUUGAAAGGUCAAAGUGUCCUUACCACUUUGAUUCCUACAUUUGUUUUUAACAAAUACAUGCUUUUCAAUACCAAUGACUGAGAGAAAUCUUGUGUGACAAAUGGCUUACGUUGAUGUCAGUCUUCCAUCAGGUGAAACGUGAAGUUCUCUAGAGCAGAGCCCAGGAGAGGGACAAGGCAGGGGCUGGGGAGAAGAGCCAUUGGUAACACAAUUCCAUUUAAUACGGUGAAAAGAGGUCUGUUGGGCUGUGCAGAUUUCUGCUCCCAUAGAUGCUUGUGGGGGCACACACACAGCUGGGGCUCCCAGUGUUUUCCUCCCAGUUCUGCUGCUGAGCAAAUGUUUUGGUGCCUGGUAAUGCAACACGAAAACAGUUUGGAAUUCAGAGGUGUUCUGUGGAUCGGGAUCACGUUGACACCCGCCCAGCGCAGUGUGGGAUUUCCACAUUUCCAACAAGCAGAGGAGGAGUUGCCUCCGGUUGUGGCUACACAUUCGAUUUCAGCUGUCCACCAAAAUUCCUUACUCUUGGACACCUGCCACUAUCUCUUCCUGUUAUGUAAAGUCUGAGAAGAUUCUUUUUUUUCUUUUUUUAAGAAAAAAAGUUUCCUUAUAAGUGUGGAAAUCUUACCUUACACUUAUUUACAGAUUUUAAACACACAAGUUGAAAUCCCAUGGUAGAAAAAUGCAUAGACUUAAGCCCAGUAUAAGAAACUUUAAAUGAUUACUAUGUAGAGUUGUAAGUAUAUGCACAGCACAGGGGUUAUAUUUUUAUAUAUAUUAAAAUAUUGUCUAUCCAGAGAGCAUUGUGAUGUGGAAAUUCUUUAUAAAUUUAUACAUAAAAGGAUCAAAUGGGAGACGGACUGGGUGACACAGAGGGGGCAGGGGAAAGACUCUUAAGGUUAACAAACAGAAAGCAGCCCCAAGCUAAGGAUUGUCCAAUUUCUUCCCAAGUAGAGGGAAAAAAGUUCCCAUUCUUGCCUUUGCAGACCCAAUGCCAAACACCAUGCCGGUAAUUCAAGCAAGAGUUCCUCUACAGGGUGUGGGCGAGAUCCUACAGUCAAUAUCUGGUUGAAUUUCAUACCAAACAUGUUAGCCUUUUUAUACAGAGGGAGGUCUGCCUGCAGCUUUGGGGAAAUCGAUGCAGAUGGUUAGCUAAUCAUCGUAUUUUAUUAAUAAUCAUUUAUAAAAGAAAAAAAUUUGUAUCUAGCAGUAUUUAAAGAAAAAAGUGCUCACAUCAGCUGAGUCAAACUCUACGGCGACUCAAGUCUCUCAUUUUGACAGUGAGGUUCCAGCCUUUGUUAUGCAGUCAUUUUAUUUAUUCUUUAAAGAAAAAAAAAUAAGCACAACAAAAAGUUAUCUACUAGUAUGUCAUUUAAAGUAUUUAUGUCAAACAGGGUGCAAGUGUGAACCUAAGAUUGGAGCACAAGUUUCUAACUGCCUGGGGCAGGACUAAUUUAGUGUUGGUGUGCGUCUGCCUCCAAAGGAGGUGCUGCCUGUCAGCAAGACCUAAACACAUUCAACAUUUCCAGUUUAGCUUAUUUCUUCAUUUUUCACACUGGAACAAAACUGGCUAUUUCUGUGAAUAAUAUUAAAAACAGGGUUAUCUGUAAUGGUAUUGUAUAUAGUUUAUGUUUACUGUUAAGUUCUUGUUAUAUUAUAAUAAAUAUAUUUAUAGAUCUAGA